GUUCACCAACCCAGUGGAGGGGCCGAGGGUACAGCUUCUGAUGUUCUAAUUCGAGCGGAAGAAAUCGCGAGAUUAAGAAAACGCCUUAAUGAACUCUAUGCGAAACAUACUGGACAAGACGUAAAAACCAUUGAGAUGGCUCUCGAUCGAGAUAAAUUCAUGAGUGCUGAAGAGGCGAAAGAGUUUGGUCUAAUUGAUAACAUUGAAGUUAAUGCUCAAUCGAUACAAAAAGAAUAA